GAUGCGGCUCCUGGCGCUGGCGGCGGCCGUGCUGCUGGCGCGGGCUCCGGCCCCGGAGGUCUGUGGUGCCCUCAAUGUCACCGUGUCUCCAGGACCUGUGGUUGACUACCUGGAGGGGGAAAAUGCCACUCUUCUCUGCCAUGUCUCCCAGAGGAGGCGGAGGGACAGCCUGCUGGCGGUGCGCUGGUUCUUCUCGCGCCCUGACUCCCAGGAGACCUUGAUGGUUAAGAUGACCAAGCUCCGGGUGAUACAGUUCUAUGGGAAUUACAGCCGCAGUGCCUACCGGCAGAGGCUGCGUCUCUCGGAGGAGAGGCGGGGGGCUCUCUACAUGCUCUCCGUUUUGACCCUCCAGCCAGCUGAUCAAGGGCAUUACUCAUGCAAAGUCCAGGAAAUCAGCAAGCACAGGAAUAAGUGGACAGCCUGGUCCAAUGGCUCUUCAGCGACAGAAAUGCGAGUGAUUUCCCUCAAAAGUUCUGAAGAUUCAUCCUUUGAGAAAAAGAAAGAGACCUGGGCAGUUUUUGAUGAUCUCUAUAUGUAUGCUGUGCUUGUCUGCUGUGUGGGGAUUCUCAGUGUCCUCCUCUUCACCCUGACUAUCAUCUGGCAGUCUGUGUUUAGCAAGAGGAAAUCCAGAGGACCACAACUGAAGCCAUCCUUGGAGAGCCCUGUCACCACUGCAGUGAGACAUUAUUUGGUGAAAUGUCCUCAGAACAGGUACUGUUCUAGGAGCUUGGGAAUAAGCAGUGAAGAAAAGAGAAGUCCUUGCAUUGGUGGAACUUGCUGGGCAGUGGGUGCAAACUCACAUGUCCCCAGCAGAGAUAUCUGAGAUGUCUGACUAUGGCUGAGUGAGAUCAGCAAUUCCUCUCCCGAGAUGGCAACUAUGAAACGUAAUACAACUGACAAGAAUGAUUUUAGCACUCUGGAAAUAGACCAAAGGCACAUGCUAAACUGAGAAGCAUUUGUACUUCUGGCUGAACUUCUGGUCAGAACAGUGGGGCUCUGUGGGGUCCUGGCCUUGGGCUGCUCUGACACUCUCCCCUCCCAGCUUGGUUGAUGCAGAAGUUCUGGAGGGCCAGUUUACUUAGUGCGGCCGGAUUCCUUCCCAUGGGGUGCUUGGCUAGUGGACUGCUCCAUCCUUGCCCCUGAACUCUGGCUUUGGCCUGAGUUGUUCUGUGCCCCUGCAGUCCAGGUAGUUCUGUUCCUGUUAUGCCAGCAGUUCCCAGGCCCAGCCCCCUCAGCUGUGCUGAGGCAGUGGGCAGCUGGCCCUGGCGUCUCAAGCUGUGAUAGGGACAUAUGUCCUUCUCUGUCCUCUGACCACUUCCUCCUAAGGGAGAAUGGCAGAGAACAUAGGAAUAGGACCAGCGGCCAGAACCGGAAACCCUCAGGCAUGGGAGGGAUUUUCAUGCUGGCGCCGAGGCUGCAAUCACUGAGACCAGGCCUUGCCAAGUGACCGGAGCAUAACCUGAAAGCCAGGGAAAUCCAUGCUUGCUAAGGAAAGUUCAGAUGGAAGGAAAACAAACUCAGCUCACCCCUUAAGUCGGAAGUUGCCAUCUCCUGGCGGGCUUUGCCCUGACCUUCAAAGUUGGGAGACUACAACUUCCCCUUGGCAAAAUGCUCUACCCUGGAGGUAAAAUUUGGGCCAAGUCUUGAAAGAUAGUGAGAGUGCUCACAAGAAGAGGUAGAGGGAACAGCAGCGUCAGACGUGGGGUCAGAGAAGCAAAGUGGGUGGAAGGACUGGGGACUGAAGGAACUUGGGCCAUGGGAGUGGUGGGGGGACCCUAGAGUUCAGCACUGUACAGCACAAAGGCGAGGCCAGACACAGCACAGAGGGUGACAGGGCCAGACACCAAGGGAUGGCCAUCGUCCUAUGAACAACAGCAAAGUCACAUUUUUAUUAUAGGCCAUGUUCUGGUCACAGUGCCACAUAUGGGACACAUGCCAUCCUCUUCAUUUUUUUUUUAAAGAUUUAUUUAUUUAUUUAUACAAGCACUGGGUACAGCAGAAGCGCGGGAGGGUGAGAGGAUUCACCAAAGCCAGAGCGGGGAGCAGAGCAGGCAGAAGGACCGAAGUACACUGCUGAGGGGAGCAGCAGGCGGCAGGAGAGGUCUGCGCGCCAUGGGGACCCUCCUCCAGUGGCCGGGGAGCAGCCAGGGAUAGAACCGGUGCUGCAGAGGCUGCGGGCAGCUUCGCAACCCAGCGCUCAACCGCUGUGCCACCAGGGAGGCCCAUCAUCCUCUUCAUUUUUUGGUGUGCUCAUGCACUGCCCUGGCAAAAGCAUCAGGGGGUUUAUUUCUAAUCCUGAUAAAAACCCUGCAAGGUACAAAUUAGUCUCCCCAGUCAAAGAACAGGAAUAAAACUGCCGUUAUUAGAUAAAUAUCUAGCUCUCGCUGCUGUUUGAUUGCUGGUGACAUAAAGCCAGGUCAGAUGGUCUUAGCGCAAAAGGAACAGGCUGGCUCUUCUCACCAGGGAUGCUGCAGUGGGUGAGCCUCAGGGUGACUCCAGGGGACUCAGGUCUACUCCUAGCCCUUCCCUGGACAGUGCUGCCUCCCUGACACAUCCUCUGACUGGGCAGCUCUUCUCAGAAGGGAGAGGUGGCUUAUGGGUGUGUUUAUGCCUGGUCUCAUGAAGCAUUCAUCUCUCCUCUUUUUUAAAUUUUUAUUUUAAUUUUGGGAUUACAUUUUCAUUCUUCCAUAUGUGCACAUGUUUCAUUCAGCUUCCACCAAACCACCUGUGCCUAUAUCUCCGCUGCCUUUUCCGCUCACCCCCUCCUCCCUUCCCACUAUUUCUCUGGUAACUAUUGAAUUUGUUCACUAUGUUUGAGAUUUAUUCCUGUUCUAUUUUGCCUGUGUAUGUUUCGUUAUUUAUAUUCCACAGAUGAGUGAAGCCAUAUGAUAUCUGUCUUUCACAUUCUGACUUAUUUCACUUAACAUAAUCACCUCGGGGUCCACCCAUUGUAAGGGGACCCCUCUCAUCUCUCUUUUUAUCCAGCAACUACAACUGCACCUCAGUGUUAGUGGAACAGCCUGAGGAUAAGAUUUGUUGUGCGGGGGUGGGGUUAAUGCCACCCAAACAUGUGCCCUCAACACUGGUGGGGUGGUGGAGGCUGGGCAGGCCACUGCUGUUAUGACCCAAGGCCAGGACACUGCAUAGGAUCCCCACUUAUUAAUGAAGCACCUCCUGAUCUUAUCAGUUUUCAGAGAUUUUAAACUCAAAAACAAAACCUCCAGCCUGGGAAAACCCCUGCAGACUUCACGAAGCCAGCAGGGACUUUAAGGGAAGAGGAUUGACAGUCAAGCAUCAGCAGAACCUCUUGGGGGGUGCAAACCAUUUAUGAUAAAAGGCCUUGGGCGCCUGUGGACAGGGAGAUACCUCCUAAAGGAACAUAUUUUUUUUUUCUUAUGCCAUUUAGAAUAUGCAUGCAUCAAGUAGCCAUCUAUUUGGGAUGGAAGCAACAGAGAAUAAAACAUGACCUCCAGGUUCUGCCAGUUCUCUCUAGGUGCACUGGGUCUGGCUUAGGUUGCAGAGACCUCUGCCUGGCUCCCUAGUCAAGGACGCUGAGAGCAGAUUCCGUAAUAACAAUUAUGGUGAUAAUACUGGUGAGAUUAUACUAGGUGACUCUGCUUGGUGCCCCCUACGUAUCAGACAUGGUUCCAUAUGCUUGACAUGUAUCCCUCAUUUAUGAUAUGAUCAUUUCAAGGGAGUCAUUGUGAGUGGUGGUAUCAUUCAUCCACCUUGAAAGUGAAUCUCUGCAACUUUUAAGCAGCUCCUGCCCGUGGUAGUCACUAACCUCAUGUAUUCCAAUGGCUGGCGAGGCCCAUGGAGCACAUUCAAAAGCCUAGAAUGAAAUGUUAGGCAAUUUGCCCCAUUUUCUUGAGUCCUUAGCCUUUACCGAUGGCAGCAGGUCUGUAAUUGUCAAUGAUGGUUGUUGCCUCCAAAGCUGUUGAGGCCAGUGUUCUGUCUUCAAGAUUCCACACUUGAUAUUAUUGGGUGUAGGUUAUGGAGUGAUAAAUGUCCUGUGUGAAAUCUUGGAAAAGGGACCCUAGAACUGCUUGGAAAGGACUUGAUGACUCCCUCUGUGUAUCUCAUUGUCAGAACUGUGAUAUGGGGGUCAGUGGGAAGCAUGUGGAUGUUUCUGGAGGUUAAAUGGGUCAACUGAAGCACUGGCUUUCAAAGAUAAUGUGGGGUAAGCGGGACUGGGGAGGAAAGGGCUCCAGGAAACAGGCCUGGGAGGGUGUUGGCAGCCAACACACCUUCCAUAGCUCCACUCAUCAAGGGUUUUCUGGGUUGGUUUCUUCUGCUUAACAAACACUUGGCAUCCCUAGGGUCCCAGUUCAAAACCACAACAAAUCCCUUUGUAUCAUGUGAAAGGUAGCUUGUGUCCAGGGAGGAGGAGUAGGACCUCAAGGAAGCAUUUGUGUUCAUAGUUCAUGUGCUGAAAUCACCACAAAGAUUGACCAGGAUCAAAGGAAACAGUAUCUGGGGGAUGCAGGUUGGGUGUAUGCAAGCCCAUCUGCUCACAUGGUUAGCUCCAUCUCAGGUAUCCCCCAGAGAGAGGUGGAUAAUACGGGGCCAUUUGAUGGAGGGAUGGGGACUGUUGCACAGCAUUUGGUGCUGUGAUUUAAUAGCAGGGGCUCUGAACUCACUCAGUUAUGCAAGCAAGAUGGGGCUGGAUCUAUGAUACUCCUUGUAAUUAGGUUCUUUUGUGGGAUCAGCUCAGUUUAUGUUAGUUUUUUUCUACUCCCACGACUUUAAGCUCUAGAGUGGAGAGGUUGAAUUUCCUCCAUUUUGGCAGCUGACAUUACUUAUUCCAGACAAUUUUCAGGAACAGGAAUAUGCUCUUCUCCUCUGCUCACGGUUUGGGCACCAGCCUCGCUCUUGCCACCAACCCCAGCACUGAGUUCAUUACUUUUCCUCCUUCUUGCUGGGUUUGAGCAGCUGCAACUGGGAGCUCCCAGAAGCUCUCACCCUGAAUUUAAUACAAACACAAAAUGCAGUAGAAUGCUGAUAUCGCCUUCCAGCACCUUCUCUUUGGGGACCUGAUUCAAGCCUAGUGCAGCUAUUGUGGAUCUGGCUUGAUCGGCCCUUUUCCUGCCCUAGUUUUCUUGUUCUGUUAUCUGGGUUGGACCCAGAAUCCUUGCUUCUGGGCCAAGAAGGGAAGCUGACCUGGAUCUGCUCCCAUGUCUCCUGCCUGGCCUCUCUGCAGCUUUAUUUUCCCUUUGGGAGUUGGGGGGUGGUGGCGGCUAGAUUAUGGAUAUCAAAUAUAUUUUGUACUUGAUAUAAAAUGUAUAUCUUAUGUACAUAUAUAAGAUACAAGCCCUGCACAUGAUAGAGACAAACAUAGCUACUACUAACUUUAGUUUCUGCAAUAUAUGGUUGUUCACUAUUUGUUCAAUGGCUGACAAAAUCCAGAUUGCCUGUCUUACCUGGUGUCCUGGGACAGCCACCUGUUGCUCAAGGUGCAACUUCUCUCUCCUCUUACCUGCCUGGUCUGUGCUGUGCUGCUACUGGUAUAGCACUGCUGUGUCUGUGUCAAUAGAGGGCAUGAUGGGCUGUCUUGGGCAGAAAGAUUUUCUGAUCAAGAUUUUAAUUGAAACUUGCAGCCCUCCCCUCAGGGCCAAGACAUGGAACCAUAAAAUACUCAAAUGGCAACCCCAUUCUCAAUAGGUAGCACCAUGAAAUGCCCUGCAGUGCACCCUACAUGGAGAUUAGGGUCAAUGUUACUUAGUGAUGUCAUGCCCCAUCUAAUUUAGCCAAAGCUGUCUCAUCUGCUCUCACAAUAAUCCUGUGAAAUAGGUAGCAAGGGCACAUCUUCCCACUUUUCAGGGUGUGAGUGAGGGUCAGGGAAGUGAGUUAAUUAUGCAGGAUCAUCUCACUAGUCUCAUGGAACCAGCUCUCGUGCAGGUUUUCUGCCCCUUUCCUGUGCCCAUUCACUAAAUCCAGCCUUUGUGGGAAAGAGACUUCAAUGAGAUGCAGCCAAGUUGAACCUUGUACAUGCUGCAGCAAACACCACACCCUUGUAGGAGCCAGAAAGACAACUCUGUUCCCCACAAAUAGCACUUUGCUCCAAUCACACAGCUCUAAUUUAGAUGAGAUUCUGGCCAGUUUUCUAUCUUUCUUGGUUUGACUGGCUCCAGAAGAGUGUACUCCCUUGUGUGAGAGACAAAACAUAGUCUUGUCCAAACCAAAAAGUAGAAUAAUUUGUUACUAAAUCAUAAAGUGGACUUUUGUUAUCAAAAAUUCUUACCAGCCCUGAUGAUUCAAUAGGAGAUAUAAGAUCCUAGGAGAAAAAAAAAUAUCACCCAUUGUAUACCAUUGUCACGAACCAACAUGCAUGCAUUCUCAUGUUGCAGUAUGAAUUAGAGCUAAACUUAGUUUAGUGUAUUUUUACUGUUUUGAGGGGGAAAUGGUGACAAGAAAGCAGAACUUUUUCACCUUACUGAAAGCCCUGGGCAUAAUGGCAUAAAUUCAUACAAGUGAUGUCCCAAAACUCUCAUUUGUAUUAGUUUAUAUUUGAUUCCCUAUGCUUAUUUAUUUGUAUUUUAUCCAUGUAUUAAAGAUCUAAAGAAUUAAAUUCAAGAAAAUAGAAGAGGAAGGAGAAAUGUUAUUUGAUUCUGCAAGGAUGUGGCCACGGAAGGAAGGCAAUCAAAUUCAGAAGGUGUUAAAUAGCUUUCAAAUGAUCUUCCUCUGUGAACCAGUAUUUCCAGUGCUAAGAAUCCAACCAAAAAACAAAGUAUAAGAAUGGAAAACCAUGAGGCACUAAUAUAUGUAUAUCAAUAUUAUUUAUAUAUCAAACUGGGAAACAGGUUCAAUUCAGAUGUCAGGGAAUGGCUAUGUGAACACUGUCAUGUCUUUUCACUGGAAUGGGAUGAAAAUGUAACUCUGGAAAAUGCAGAUGAGGUAAAAAGAAGGGUGCAAAGUUGAAAAACAUAAAACUAACAUAAGAACCAAGAAGAAUCAGAUUUUAUGCUCUCUCUCUCUCUCUCACACACACACACACACACACACACACACACACAACCCACCAACCCUCACAUGGGUUUUUAUAGCAGCUUUAUUUAUUACAGCAGUUUUAUCACCAAAACUUGUAAUCAGCCAACAUUUUUCAAUAGGUGAAUGAAUAAGUAAGCUCUGAUGCAUAGUCUGCACCAAGAAUGGACUAUUAUUCAGAGUUAAAAGCAAUGAGCUGUCAAGCCAUGAAAGACAUGGAGGAAAUUCCAGUGCACAGUACAAAGUGAAAGAAGCUAGUCUGAGAAGGCUGCACACUGUGUGAUUCCAAUUAUAUGACAUUCUGGAAAGGGCAAAACCAUGGAGACAGUACAAAGAUCAAUGGUUGGCAGGGGUUAGGGAGUGGGAGGAAUCAAUAGGUAAAAAGGACAGAAGAUUUUUAAGGCAGUUAAACUAUUUUGCAUGAUAACAUUGGUAGAUUCAUUAUAUAUUUGUCCAAACACAGAGAAUAUGCAACACCAAUAGAGAACCCGAAUGUAAACCAUGGAUUUAUGGUGAUAAUGAUGUGUCAGUGUAAGUUUCAUCACUUAUAGCAAAUGUACUACUCUGGUGAGGCAUAUUGAUAAUGCGGAGACUGCAUGUAAGAGGGUGGGGGGUGUAUGGGAAACCUCUGUACCUUUGUUCAAUUUAGCUAUGAACCUAAAACUUCUCUAAAAAGUCAAGUAUUAAAAAUAAAACAAGGAAGAGGGGAAAAGCUGGAAAUAUUUAAGAAGGUUGUGUUUUGGUUAUGAUAGACUUAUUUUCUUUUGUUUUCAUGUCUGCAAUUACUAUUGAAAACAUGAACAUGCAUUAAUUUAUAAUGAAAAGAAAAUAAACAUUUCAAGAUCUUAAAAAGAUACAAAAUGAAGCUGUCCAUAUGGUUGUAUAUUUAAGCAAUUCUGAAUUUCAUAUCCCUUAAUUUUUUCUUAGUGGUCAGAGUUUUGUAAACUCACAUUCCUUCUGACUAUUUGUGAAUUUACACAGUUGACCCUUUAACACUAUGGCCAGUUAGAAUUUUUGUUCUCAAUGAAAAUAAGCCAUCAUUGGGGAAUCUCAGUGGGAACUGUGAUCUUAGAGUUUUUCCCACAUUAUGUGAUUUGAUCUUCAUUUAUUUGUUUUUAAAACUCUAAGACUAUUAGAAUGGCCUAUUUUCUUUUAUUAAAUAUUUGUAAGUAUUUAUUUGUGUUUAAUUUACUACUUUUCUUUCUUUUUUUUUUUUAAAAGAUUUAUUUAUUUAUUUAUACAUGCACUGGGUACAGUCAGAAGCGCGGGAGGGUGAGCGAGUUCACCAGAGCCAGAGCGGGGA